GGCAAAUUCGCACGCACUCGCGACAAAAGGUUUUGAGCUCUUCGAGUGUAUUAACCGCCAGUGUUUGAGAAGCAUUCAACAACUUCGAAAAACAGCAGUACAUGAUGGUACUAAACUGCAAAUUCAUCAUUUUCUUCGUUCUUUCCAAUGCAUACCUAAUAAAAACUCAAAACCAUCCACACAAUCGAAACCAUCCAUUCGUUCCUGAAUUCAAGGAUACAAAUGUGAACCAAUCUUAUGAAGCCCCCUUUUAUUCAACACCACCAUCAGCCUACGUGCAACAAUACACACCACCAAUCUACGUGCAACCGCUGAGACGUUAUAGUUCACGGCCUGAAUCAAUUCAUCGUUCUCUUCCCUUCUCAAGUCCCCAGACUCACGAUAUUAGCUUCAGAUUCUCUAACGUUGGUCUGCGGAAAAUUGGCCAAAAUUUCAUCAGCAGUGACAGUAUCAUCACCCUCAGUCUUGACAAGAACGAAAUAAACGAUAUUUCACCGGGUGCCUUUCGCAAAAUGAAGAACCUGCGACAUUUAAACCUUUCCGAAAACAGGAUCCCAACAGAGAAAUUCUUGAUGUUGUACGGUAACAUUAAGUUGCAGACUUUAAUCAUCAAUAAUAACAACGACACUUCGACGAAAACCUUAAAAGAAUACGAGACUCUCCAGAGUUUGGAACAUCUGCAUCUGUGCAGCAAUCAAAUGUCAGACAUCCAAGUUCCUUUCCACGUGGCGACGCCAAACUUGAUUAGUUUGUACCUGAGCAACAACAGCAUCGACUCUAGCAAUGUUAUUUUCGAUAAUCUCCCAGCUACAUUGAAUACUCUCCACUUGGACAGAAACUUAAUCGACCGUGUGGCGCAGAACAAACUCAAAGACCUGCACGAACUCAUGAUGGCCCACAAUCGUAUUACCCAGGUGUGCAACGAGGACUGUCAGGAGAAGUCCAUAUCUUUGAAAGGCGCCUUCGAAAUGCGGUCUCUGCACUUAUCCAAAAACUUGAUCUCAGAUAUAUCAUCAGAUGCCUUUAAUGAUAUGAAGAAUCUGUUACAUCUCGAUCUAUCAGACAACAAAAUUAGCGACGUGCCCAAAGAUACCUUCAACAAUACUAACAUGAUGACAAAGCUUUCUCUGGCUAAUAAUGACCUCGCUGCUGUACCGGAUGUCUGCCCAAUGUUACACUUAAUACACUUGAACCUAAGUGGAAAUCACAUCAGCGCAAUUCUUUCCAACACUUUCUGUUCCAUGAGGCAUCUGGAGAAUCUAGAUUUAUCAAGUAACAUUAUAACCACCAUUCAUACACGGGCUUUUCUGCAACUCACAAACUUGAAGUAUCUGGAUCUUUCAAGAAACCGACUCACGCAACUUCCGGCCCGAUGGGUGUCCCCAUGGAACAUUCAGGAACUGCAUCUCGAGCAAAAUAAGUUUACCAAUCUAGAGGACGUAUCGUUGAUCGAUAUCAAAUCGGUGCUAAACGUUUAUCUCGAAGGAAAUCCUAUGGUAAUGUUUAAAGCGGCGUACUUCCAUUCGCUUCCCGGACAUUUGAUGGUACAUAUAAAGAAUGUGCAUAUCAACGAUAAUUGCGCAUCGUGCCCUUGCGAAAGUAGUGAAGAGAAGAAAGAUGAUGAUGAUGAUAAUGAUAAUGACAGUAAUAAUGCUAAUGCCAAUAAUGGUGGUUUCGAAAAGUUUUUCGGUUAACUGCAGAAGAUACAAGCAGAUUUAUGCAAUGGAUCUUUUUCUUAAUAAUUUCAAAUCAAAUUUUUAAUAUUUUAAGAUUUUUUAAGAGCAGCUACUUUUGAAUUUAUAGAUGUCUAUUGUAAUUGUAUUCUUAAGCAGAUUUUAUAUAUAACAGGUAUAUAAAUAAGAAAUUAGUUACUUCCGAUGAAAGCAAAUUGAUGAUAAAUUUUUCUUUAAUAAUCGAGUAUACGUAUUGCGUUCUACAAUAUUACUUUUCGAAUUUUUAAUUGUUUAAUUUACAAGAUAAUAACACUAAUUUUAAUUUUGUUAAGACAUCAAAUCAUUUCUUAUCAUAUAACUUUUAUUCUACAUCUCAUAUAACAUAUAUAUAUUCUCAAAAUGACUUUGUAACUUCAUAACAUAAAGAAGUACUUAAGUUUUUGAUAUAA